CGUGUCGUUUGCGAGGCGCGGUGAACGACAUUGCGCACUAGCUUGCUUGUUCCAACGUAGACAUAUAACGUGUUACAGAGUUGCGCCGCACAAUCAAUAAACUUCUAUUAUUCGAGUCAAACGCACACUUCCUUUUAGGCCCGCGCGGCGCCUAGACCUGUCAAAAUUUACCCACAUCGAAACUCACCGAUAAUAGUUCUCAUUUGUUAAAUAUUUUCCUUAAACAUAUAAUUUUGUUACAACUAUGGCGCUCGUUAGUCCGGAUCGCGUUAACGAAAAGAGCUAUAUCUUAGACGCAAGAAAGAAUUUCGAAGAUGGUGGCAGUCUUGGAUCGGACGAUACCUACGACGACAUGAAGCAGCUGGUCAGGACUGACGAAGAAGAUGCAGAAAAAUUCACCAGCCUUCCAUUGGCUAGUUUCAAUUUCAUCAAUUCGAUCAUCGGUAGCGGCGUUAUCGGUAUACCCUACGCCUUACAUCAGGCUGGAUUUGGUAUGGGACUUGGGCUGCUAGUCCUUGUAGCAGUUUUAACCGACUAUUCCCUUAUUCUUAUGGUUCGGAGCGGUCAUAUCUGCGGGGAAAUGAGUUAUCAAGGACUAAUGAGAGCCAGUUUCGGACGACCUGGCUUUUACAUCCUCACCGCCUUGCAGUUCAUGUACCCAUUUAUAGCAAUGGUCUCCUACAACGUGGUGGUUGGAGAUACGGUAACCAAAGUAUUGAUAAGGGUAACCGGCAUCGAUGAGACGAACAUCUUCGCCAAAAGACAGGUCGUCAUCCUGCUAGCCACCUUGUGCAUCACGAUACCGUUGUGUCUUUACAGAAACAUAGCAAGACUGGCGAAAAUCUCUUUCCUAUCUCUCGUCUGCGUGGGGUUCAUUCUGAUUACGAUUUUCAUUAGGAUGGGUACCUUGGCGUCAGUAGUGCCAAGUCACGAAGACAGCUGGAGAUUCGCCAACCUUCCAGGAAUCGUUCCAGCGGUGGGAAUAAUGGCUUUUGCAUUCAUGUGCCAUCACAACACUUUCCUUAUUUACGGGUCAAUCGAAAGAGUGACACAGGAAAAGUGGGACGUUGUCACUCACUGGUCCCUUCUUACGUCGUUCAUCGUUGCAGCUGCGUUCGGUAUUGCUGGAUACGCCACUUUCACCGCCGAUGUCCAGGGCGAUCUGAUGGAGAACUACUGCUGGGACGACGAUCUUAUGAAUCUCUCAAGGGUCAUGUUCAGUGGGACGAUACUUCUCACUUAUCCUAUCGAGUGUUUCGUUACUAGAGAGGUUCUAAUGACCGCGAUAAAGGGUACGGACGAAACGGAGAAUCACGAUGCCUACAUUUCCGGCUCCGACCGGAAGUACUUGAUAAUAACUCUGAGCAUCGUAGGGGUGACAUACCUAAUUUCAAUGUCAACCGACUGCCUCGGGGUCGUCCUCGAACUCAAUGGGAUUCUGGCCGCAGUACCACUGGCCUACAUUUUGCCCGCACUUUGCUACCUCAGACUCGAAGAGGGCUCGCUGUUUUCGGCGAAGAAGCUUCCCGCCUUGGGAUUGAUGCUUUCUGGAGUAUUCGCAGCCGUUUCCGGACUCCUGCUGCUCAUCUUCACCUCGGGUUCGACCGAUUCCUGUUUCCACGGGAAAACACUUGCUUACUGUCACAAUUCGACGGACAUUCUAAACACCACGGAACCGGUAACUGGUGUCUUAUAAUAAUCUCGCAUGUAAGCCGAUAUUGUUCUGAUGUCGUAUAAUUCCGCCAUCAUACGAGUGCAGUAUCACGAUACGUGCAAUAACGCAGUUUAUUGUACAAUAUUUAUUUUAUGAUUCAUUUUACCUCAUUUUCUGCUCGGCCUAACCGAAAUGCUUUACGUAUGAUAAGUAACAUUUUACAAAUUUUUGAGACUUUUGAUAUACCUAAUACCUAUGUACAUAAUUGUUUUUAUUUUAUUUUUUUAAACAUAAUUAUUAGCGUAUUUUCAUAUUUUUGAGUUUAGGUUUUAUAGUGGAUUUCGCAUUAUAUACACUAUAUGGUUAAUAGUUUCAUGCUUGCAAAUCUAGUAUCAUUUUUGAUUGGAUGGAAUAUGUUUAUUAUACAUAUUCGAAUACCUAUAUAUAUGCAUAUAUUCAAAAUUAUGAAGCUGUUGUAUGUGCCAUCGACGCUUCGAAGCAGACCAUUGAUGACCAUAAGAAAGUAUUUACCGAGCACAAAGAUAGAAAGGAAUAAUAUUAUCGUUAAAAAUCGUAUACAAAUAUUUGAA